GUCUACCGGAGACCCUACCCGUUUACCACCUUAAUUAAAAAGCGCGAGCCACGUUGACUAGAGCCGGGAGAAGAGAGGAGACAAUUUUGGGAAAGGGGCAAAGAAAAUCAGAGAAUGAACCAUAACCCGCAAUCCGGCGACGGGAAGCAUGACGACGACACUGCUCUCUCCGAUUUCCUCGCCUCUCUCAUGGAAUACACUCCCACAAUACCUGACGAAUUGGUGGAACAUUACUUAGCCAAGAGUGGUGUUCAAUGUCCUGAUGUUCGAUUAAUAAGGCUUGUAGCUGUUGCUACUCAGAAGUUUGUUGCAGAGGUUGCAAGUGAUGCACUUCAGCAUUGCAAGGCAAGGCAGGCUUCAGUCAUCAAAGACAAAAGGGACAAGCAGCAAAAGGAUAAGCGCCUAAUCUUGACAAUGGAGGACCUCUCAAAGUCAUUGCGUGAGUAUGGAGUGAAUGUGAAGCACCAGGAGUAUUUUGCUGAUAGCCCAUCAACCGGAAUCGAUCCUGCUUCUAGAGAUGAAUAGCUGGAGUUGCGCCAUGUCAUUGCCUGUCUGUAUUUAGUUAAUGAUGUUACUGCAACUGUAGCUGGUUUCUCACUUUGUCUCUGCAUAAUGUCUGUUCAAUCUUGACUGUGAAGAUAAUAUAGUCUGAGAGUACUAGCUAUGUCACCACCAUAACAUCCCUGCAUUUUCAGUUCUUUCUAUACGUAUUUAAUUUGUGACGGUGCUCAAAAACUAGAAUGCAGAAGCAUCUGAAUAUAAUCUUGAAAGAUCCACAUGGCCACUA